ACAGCCAUGGCGGCGCACCUGAAGAAACGGGUAUACGAGGAAUUCUCCAAGGUGGUUCAGCAACAACAGGAAGAACUUGCUGCCAAGAAACUUCGACUGACAAAGCCCAGUAAAUCGGCAGCUCUGCACAUUGAUCUCUGUAAAGCCUCCUCCCCAGCAGAUGCCCUCCAGUAUCUACUUCAGUUUGCCAGGAAGCCCGUGGAGGCAGAAAGUGUGGAGGGAGUGGUCAGAAUUCUCCUGGAGCAUUAUUAUAAGGAGAACGAUCCUUCAGUGAGAUUGAGAAUCGCAUCUUUGCUAGGUUUAUUAUCCAAGACUGCAGGAUUUUCCCCAGACUGCAUUAUGGAUGAUGCUAUCAACACCCUGCAGAAUGAAAAGUCUCACCAAGUGCUAGCCCAGCUGUUGGAUACUUUACUUGCCAUCGGCACUAAACUCCCUGAGAAUCAGGCAAUUCAGAUGCGAUUAGUCGAUGUAGCCUGCAAGCACCUGACAGACACGUCCCACGGAGUCCGAAAUAAGUGCUUGCAAUUGCUUGGCAAUCUUGGCUCUUUGGAGAAAAGUGCCGCGAAGGAACCUGAAGGCGCAGCUGUCAGAGAUGUCCAGAAGAUCAUAGGCGAUCACUUCAGUGACCAAGACCCCCGAGUCAGAACAGCAGCUAUAAAGGCCAUGUUACAGCUUCACGAAAGAGGAUUGAAACUACACCAGAACAUCUACACUCAGGCUUGCAAGCUGCUGUCUGAUGACUAUGAACAGGUGCGCAGCGCUGCUGUCCAGCUCAUCUGGGUCCUCAGUCAACUGUACCCCGAAAGCAUUGUCCCAAUCCCUUCGUCGAAUGAAGAAAUUCGCUUAGUCGAUGACGCAUUUGGGAAAAUUUGUCACAUGGUCAGUGAUGGCUCCUGGGUGGUCCGAGUUCAAGCUGCAAAACUUUUGGGCUCCAUGGAGCAAGUUAGUUCCCAUUUCUUAGACCAGACACUGGACAAGAAGCUGAUGUCAGACCUGAGAAGGAAGAGGACUGCCCACGAGCGCGCCAAGGAGCUGUAUAGUUCAGGGGAGUUUUCUAGCGGCCGGAAAUGGGGCGAUGAUGCGCCCAAGGAAGAGAUUGAUACAGGGGCUGUCAACCUAAUUGAAUCUGGAGCCUGUGGAGCUUUCGUCCAUGGACUGGAAGACGAGAUGUACGAGGUGCGCAUCGCCGCCGUCGAGGCACUCUGCAUGCUGGCGCAGUCGUCGCCCUCCUUUGCCGAGAAAUGCCUAGAUUUCCUCGUGGACAUGUUCAACGACGAGAUCGAGGAAGUCCGCCUGCAGUCGAUCCACACCAUGCGCAAGAUCUCCCACAACAUCACGCUGCGGGAGGACCAGCUGGACACCGUGCUGGCCGUGCUGGAGGACUCUUCCAGAGACAUCCGAGAAGCCCUUCAUGAACUUUUAUGCUGCACUAAUGUUUCAACCAAAGAAGGAAUCCAUCUGGCGCUGGUGGAGCUGCUAAAAAACCUGACCAAGUAUCCUACCGACAGGGAUUCCAUAUGGAAGUGCUUGAAGUUUCUGGGCAGUCGACACCCAACUCUGGUGCUUCCCCUGGUGCCUGAGCUCCUGAGCACUCACCCCUUCUUCGAUACUGCCGAGCCGGACAUGGACGACCCGGCCUACAUUGCAGUUCUGGUUCUUAUCUUCAAUGCUGCCAAGAGCUGCCCCACCAUGGCCGCGCUAUUCUCAGACCACACUUUCAGGCACUAUGCCUACCUCCGAGACAGCCUCUCCCACCUCGUCCCUGCCUUGCGGUUACCAGGGAGGAAGCCUAUACUGUCGACCACCUCACCUAGCCUGGCGCCUCAGGAGGACCCUUCACACCAGUUCCUGCAGCAGAGCCUGGCGCGGGUGUACAGCCUGCAGCAUUUGGACCCGCAGGGCUCCCAGGAGCUGCUGGAACUCACCAUCAGAGAUCUACAGCGACUUGGAGAACUUCAGUCUGAAUUGGCAGGCGUAGCUGACUUCUCUGCUACUUAUCUUCGAUGUCAGCUUCUUCUCAUCAAGGCCUUGCAGGAAAAGCUAUGGAAUGUGGCUGCUCCUUUGUACCUGAAGCAAAGUGAUUUGGCCUCAGCAGCUGCAAAGCAGAUCAUGGAAGAGACCUACAAGAUGGAAUUCAUGUACAGCGGCGUGGAGCAUAAGCAGGUGGUCAUCAUCCAGCACAUGAGGCUCCAGGCCAAAGCCCUGCAACUCAUAGUGACGGCUCGGACCACCCGGGGAGUUGACCCCUUAUUUGGGAUGUGUGAAAGAUUUUUACAGGAAGUGGACUUUUUUCAGAGGUGCUUUGUGUCUGACCUGCCACAUCUGCAGGACAGCUUUGUGGACAAGCUUCUGGACCUUAUGCCGCGACUCGUGACGUCCAAGCCUGCCGAAGUGGUCCGGAUCCUGCAGGCCGUGCUCCGCCAGAGCAGCUUCCUGCACCUCCCGCUCCCAGAGCAGAUCCACAAGGCUUCGGCCACGAUCAUAGAGCCUGCAGGCGAGUCCGACAACCCUCUGCGCUUCACCUCUGGCUUGGUGGUAGCUCUGGACGUGGACGCCACCCUAGAGCACGUACAGGACCCUCAGAACACCGUGAAGGUCCAGGUCUUGUAUCCUGAUGGCCAGGCUCAGGUGAUCCAUCCCAAGCCUGCGGACUUCCGCAACCCUGGGCCCGGGCGACAUAGGCUCAUCACUCAGGUCUACCUCUCCCACACUGCCUGGACAGAGCCGUGCCAGGUGGAGGUGAGACUGCUGCUGGCCUAUAGUUCUGAUCCGAGCAUCCCCAAAACCCCAUGGACAGAUGGAUCUGAUAUGCCCUCACAGGUGGAAGCCAGCACUGAGGGCACCAUCCCUUUCAGCAAGCCAGUGAAGGUUUAUAUCAUGCCCAAACCUGCCCGGCGCUGAACACUGUCACAGUGUAUGGAUAUCUGGCAUCAAUUCCCAGAUGUGUUAUUUUGUGUUUAGAAUGCA